UCUAUGAUUCUCAUUGAAACUAGAAAAUAAAGAGAUAAAUACGUAAAACUUUCUCUUCCUCCUAUCUUUCUCUCCGAUUCCUAUCAUAUUCUUGGGAAUCGGGAACGCAUCGACCAUAAGUCGCAGACAAAAAGAGGAAGAGAUCAAAGAAAAAAAAUAUAUAUAUAUUAAAUACCAAACAAAAAAGGCAAAAUGAUGGGCAAAGUAGUUGUAUCGUCUUUUUCUCUCAUUCUUGUAGUGGGGGUGGUGAUUGGGGUGGUAGCUGUGGUUCAGCGCGGCCACGAAGAUGGUGCUCAAAUAUCUUCUUCAACAAAAAACGUAGCUCAAAUAUGUCAACCAACAGAUUACAAAAAAGCAUGUGAGCAAAGUCUUAGCAAUGUAAAUAAUACUCAGGACCCUAAAGAAUUUUUAAAAGCAGCCAUUUUAGCUACGGAAGAAGCUGCAAAGAAAUCUUUCAAUUUGUCUUCAGAUUUACUCGUAAAAGCCAGUUCAUCUGAUAAUGACACAAGAAUGUCCCUGGAAGAUUGCAAAGAGUUACUAGACGACGCCGUUCAAGAGCUUCAGGCCUCUUUUUCGGAAGUGGGUGAAAAUCAACAACAUACAACGAAACGACGAGUAGCUGAGCUACAAAAUUGGCUAAGUGCUGUCAUUUCUUACCAACAGACUUGCUUGGAUCAGUUUGGAGAUCCAAAUAGUCAAUACAAAACCGAAAUGGAAGAAGGUAUGGUUGACGCAGGACAGCUCACAAGUAAUGCAUUAGCCAUUGUUGAUGCAUUUUCUGACAUUUUAUCUACAAUGGGUCUAAAGGUUAAUUUUGGCGGUAGUAAUGAUACUUCUCGCAAGCUUCUUUCAGUCGACGAAGAUGGGUAUCCUAGCUGGUUAAGUGCGAGUCGCCGGAGACUUCUGGCAGUAGAUCUUGCUACUCUUAAACCUAAUGUGACUGUGGCUGCAGAUGGCAGUGGUGAUGUUAAAACUGUAACUGAAGGUAUUGCCAAAAUCCCUCCGAAGAAUGUUGAUCCCUUUUAUAUCUAUGUUAAGGCUGGAACCUAUAAGGAGUAUCCUACUGUAGAAAAGAAAAUGAACAAUGUGUUUAUGUAUGGCGAUGGCCCUCUCAAGACUAUUAUCACAGGAGACCAUAGCAAUAAAACUGGCUACAAAACCAUGAGAUCUGCCACAUUUGCGGCUCUUGGGGAGGGAUUCACUGCAAAGUCCAUAGCAUUCGAAAACACUGCCGGUCCUGAAGGUCAUCAAGCUGUGGCACUUCGAGUCCAGGCAGAUAUGGCAGCAUUUUUCGACUGUAAGAUGGAUGGCUAUCAAGACACAUUGUACAUCCAAACCCAUCGCCAAUUCUACAGCAAAUGCAGCGUUUCAGGAACAAUAGAUUUCAUAUUCGGCGACGCCUCUUGUAUAAUUCAGCAAUCAGACAUUGUUGUCAGGAAGCCAAUGCCUAAUCAACUAAACACAGUCACUGCACAUGGAAGAGCCGACAAGCACGAAACUACAGGAUUAGUGUUUCAAGAUUGUAGAAUUAUAGCAGAAGAUAAGCUAUUGCCUGAAGCUACCGUCGUUAAGUCGUAUAUGGGAAGGCCCUGGAGGGCAUAUUCUAGAACAGUAGUAAUGGAAUCAGAAAUAACGAAUGUGAUUCAACCUGAAGGGUGGCUACCAUGGACGGGGGAUCAGUAUCUUGAUACUUUGGAGUACUUAGAGUAUGCAAAUAAAGGAGACGGAGCUAAUACUGAUAAAAGAGUAAAUUGGAAGGGCUUUAGAAUCAUCACUGACAAAAAAGAAGCUCAACAAUUUACGGUUGAGCCUUUCUUACAAGGAACUGAUUGGCUUAAUAAGAUAGGAGAACCCUACAUUGCUGGGUUGGUAAAUUAAUUAAUUAAUUAAUUAAUUUGUGUCUUUUUGUUGUUAGCUGUUAAUAUUUGAGACCUAUAGAGUUCAUAUACUCGGAAAAUUGAAAAUGCCCAAACUCAAUUUCUUUUUUGCUUUUA